AUGCUGACGGUGUAUUUCAUCCAAACUUUCAAGUUGGAAAGCCUUCCACCAGCCCAUUUGCGGUUAUUUGUAGGAGAUUUAGCGCUAGAAGUGUCAGAUGAUGGCUUAGCAGCAGCGUUUUUGAAGUGGAGUUUGCUUGUGAAAGCGCAAGUGGUCUGGGACAAAGUGACGACGAAAUUGAAAAGCUAUGGGUUUGUGUCGUACAAGGAUCCGGAGGAUUUCAUGAAGGCCUGGAAGGAGAUGAAAGGCAAGUAUGUCGGCAGUUGGCCGAUCAAGAUCUCUGAGGCUACCACUAAGGUCGUCGUCGUACAGAUUGGUAAUAAAAAGGCUAGAUCCCUCGACGAUCAUCGGAAGAAGAAACUCAUCCAAGGCGUCGAACGCUUGCGCACUGGCACUGGCACCGUUUGGAAGAAUGAUAAUUGGCCUUAUGCUUGUAGAUGGAGUCUCCCCCCUCCCCUUUGA